UAACGCCACGAAUGGCGCAUUCUGAGACUCCAUCGUCGACGUCGUCAAGAAGUCCACACUUUUCUCUCAAUCUGAGAUCCCAAUACCCAAAAUGGGCGGUGCAAAAUCGGAAUCGGAAGCGGCUGCUUCCCAUUGCUCGAGCUUGUGGCUCGCUCCUGACCCGAGCAAGCGAUGGGGCGAGCUCUUCUUCCUCUGCUACACUCCCUUCUGGCUCACUCUCUGCUUGGGGAUCGUCGUCCCCUACAAGCUCUACGAGAGCUUUACAGAAUUGGAGUAUCUAGUUCUGGGAUUGAUUUCAGCAGUUCCUUCGUUCUUGAUACCAAUGCUAUUUGUUGGAAAGGCUGAUAGCCAUAUGUCUUGGAAGGAUCGUUAUUGGGUCAAGGCGAGUCUCUGGAUUAUAAUCUUUAGCUAUGUUGGGAAUUACUUUUGGACCCACUAUUUCUUCACAGUUUUGGGAGCUUCUUAUACCUUUCCAUCGUGGAAAAUGAACAAUGUACCACACACAACUUUCCUUCUCACACAUGUUUGCUUUCUAUUUUAUCAUGUUACAUCAAACAUAACACUUCGCCGACUACGGCAUUCUGUUGCUGACUUGCCGGAGAAAGUUCGUAGGGUUACUGAGGCUGCAUGGAUUCUGAUUCUUGCGUAUUUCAUAGCAUACCUUGAGACUGUAGCCAUUUCCAAUUUCCCUUAUUAUGAAUUUGUGGAUCGGGCAUCUAUGUACAAAGUUGGGUCCUUGUUUUAUGCCAUCUACUUCAUUGUAAGCUUCCCCAUGUUUCUGAGAAUUGAUGAGAAACCGGGUGAUUCAUGGGAAUUACCCAGAGUGGCUGUCGAUGCUCUCGGUGCUGCAAUGCUGGUUACUAUAAUACUUGAUUUGUGGCGCAUCUUUCUAGGACCUAUUGUUCCAGAUUCAAAACAGUGCCUUCAACCAGGAUUGCCAUGGUUUCCAGCACAUGCCAAUGAAACUUGACAAAACAAGGACCCCUUUAACUUCCCAGCCACUGAGACAACCAUCUCCUGUAAUUUCUUCUUGUUGAUGCUGUAAUGCGUGUUGUACCUUGCUAGAUCAUUGUAUUUCUCCUCCUUUUUUUGUACAUUCAAAGUAUUAUUCGAGCUAGCAGAAAACAAUCAUGUAAACUAUUGCACUUGAUAAACUUCGUGUUGAGUUUGCACGUUC